AUGAGUUCCAGGGGACAUCGAGCAAUUUAUGUUCAACAUGGUAUCGGAACUAACAGUGGUGUGAGCUAUAGAUACCAUCUAGAGCUCCAUGAGGCAGCAAGUUGUGGAAAUAUCAAAAGAGCCCAAGUGGCGGUUGCUAGGAACAAGGGGCUGUUAUCCCACAAGGAUUCUCAGGGUAGCAUACCCUUGCACCUCGCCGUGGAGAAUGGCCACAAGGAGACGGCACUCUUCUUGGUUAACGAAUAUCCACCAGGGUCGUAUGCUUUGAAUCACUCCAAGAGUUCUCCUCUUUAUCUUGCUGUUUAUCGCAAGGACUUGGACUUGGUCCAAGCCAUGUUUUGUGAGUUGGUUAAAGAUGAUAAAGUUCUUGACAAUUUAAAGAAAGGAAAGUCAAUUGUUGAUGUUGCCAUUGCAAACAAGAAUCAAGAAAUGUUGGAAAUCAUACUCAAAUAUCAACGCGAGCUAAUCAAAUGUCCCAAUGAAGACGGAUUAACUCCACUUUCGUAUGCAGCAUUCAACGGUAAUCUUGACAUAGUUCGCUACCUUCUCAAAAUAAUUCCAAAUUCUAUAAGUUACCGCAACAACGAUAACUCCAACCCCUUUCACAAGGCAGGCCUAGGAGGCCAUGUCGAGGUCUUAAUGGAGCUCUAUUCCAAAAUUUCCAAUUCAAAAACUCGUUGUUUGUUGCUAGCCGAGGAUAAUCAUAGGCGAACAGUACUGCACCUCACCGCCAAAGAACGCGGCAACAAGCUGAGGCGUGUUGGCUCGUACUUGUUGAGCCUAAAGGAGGGUAAGGACCUUAUCAAGAUGAAAGAUGAAAGUCUACUUACACCCUUGGAAUUGGCCAAAAAGAGCUCAAAUCAUGAAGUGGCAGAACUUAUUAAGGGAAUCAAGCCUCAAUAG